AUGGUUAAAUACAAACAUUUACCAACCAUCUUUACUGCGGUCGUAGCAAGCUUACAAGGUGUUGUUGCGGCCGGUGUCCCCAAAUUCGACAAGAGACAGGACUCCUUGGAUGACGAUGGCGACCUACCAGGAUUUAGUGACCCGGUACCGGUGGCGCCGCACCAGGUUUAUGAGUGGUAUAAUCGGACAGGCCUAGCUGGGUUUGGGAUGGCUAGAUUGGGUCCCAAUGCUACUGCCCAGGAAAGGUUGGAAACCCUCGGGCCCUACAAACCUGGGAGGUUCCAAGCGGCUCUCCAGAGCUGCCUCGAUGAUUUUGUCGAUGAAAGUCAAUAUUGUAUCACGAGAUAUGGUCAUAGCACUGAUCCUAAUCCAAAUGAAGAGGUAUCCAGCGCUCCUCAAGGCAGUACGGCAAUUCUUUGCUGCAAAGAGGGAUACACUGCAUACCUCUUCAAUUAUCGUAAUCGGAAUGCGGAGAAUCCUGAUGUUCGCAUCAAUUGCUAUCAUGCUGCCCUGAUUGCCAACGAGACUUUAAGCUCUCUCCUUAAUCAAGACACUAUGGGCCCCGUAUUUCAAGGCUCAGUAGAACCCGUAGUGCAGAUUGGGGAUAACUCGUCAAGCACAUUCAUGGCUAGAAGCUAUUGGAGCGAAGACAAAAGCUGGGGUAUCGAUAUUUAUUAUCUUGAAGGUGGCGGCAGUUCAAAUUCCACGAAUGAUACCAGCGAUGCCUGCCCUAUCGAAACUCCGUACACCUGGGUUACAAGAGGUAAAUGGGCAGAUCUAGACAAACCAGAGGAGAAUCCGGAAGAUCCCCCAGAAGAAACUCGCGACCCAUCCCCAACCAUGGAUCGUAUGGAUCCUGAAGAGACAACUACAGAUAUGAUGAAUCCUGAAGAGACGACUGCCGCCGAAGGAUCAACUAGUACUAUGGGGUUGAAUAGUACGGCUCCGACAGCAAGUGCGAUGAUGAGGUCGGCUUCAAUCACUGGAGAGGUUACGAUCCAAACCGCAAUCCCAGUACCUACGAGCGCAAUGUCAAUAGUUUCGACGACGCCCCAGCGAACGGGUACACCUGUUCGAAGUGCUACACCUGUCCCAACCGAUGACGACCUAAGCGACGGGAGCUUCUAA